AUGACUCGAUCGGAAGGAGGCGGGCGCACGCAGCACUUCUCGCACAUCUUUGCGCGUCUGCAGGAGCUGCAGAACUAUGGCUGGGACACGGACAUUGAGCCCUUCCACUCAUCGUAUGAUAACUGGCAUUUCUUCGGUUACGAGAAGCAAGCGCCCCGGCAGGAUCGCCCUGUGUCAAGAGGAAGGAGCGCCGUAACCUCCCCCACCUCUCUCAAGCUGUCGCAUUCGCCCGACUCCCUGACCCGAAGCCGCCCAACCAUAACACGCACUCACCGCAGUUCGGGCUCCGAUGCGAGCGCCUCUACCGUACAAACACACCGCACCAACACCACCGCCAAAGGUGUGGCGAGAGAAGGCCGGACCGUCGUAUGUCGUGUCUCGCAGCAGACUCUGCGCCUCGAACGCGAGUUCCAGCUCGCCAAACUCGUCGUCAAGGAAUCGGAUCCAGAGUGCAAGCACUUUGUUCGCCCCAUAGAGUUUGUGAGGCUAUCCACCAAAGCCGGUGAGGAGCCUCUUGUCGCCAGUAUAUUCGAAGCCCCAGGGCCCAACUACCUCAACGACUUGGUCAACUUCGGCCCCAAUUUCUGGAAGGUUGGCAGUCAUGGGCAAAGCGGUCAAUCAGAUACUUCAUUGCCCAACAAGGGGAUACCUCUCCUCACCUUCCUCGACUUUGCCGUCGGAUCAGUCGAGUGUCUGGAAAUAUUGCACCACGGUCACGAAAUCGUCCAUGGCGAGAUUCGGGGCGAUGCCUUCCAUUUCGCUGAGAACGGGACAGUCAAGAUGAUCAACUUUGGAUCCGGCGCACGAUCUUUCGAGAACGGACUAACAAGCGCGGGUUGGACUACCCUGUCAAAAGAGACUGGCAUCGAAUUGAAGUUGGCCUUCAUAUCCCCUGAACAGACUGGUAGAAUGCCCGCUGAACCCGACACAAGAACCGACAUCUACAGUCUUGGUAUUCUUUUUUACACGAUGCUCUGCGGGCAGACGCCAUUCGAAGGCGCUACGGCUCUCGAUGUCAUGCAGAACGUCAUCAGCAAGCGAAUUCCUCCGAUUUCUUCCAGACGACUAGACAUCCCAGAGGCUCUGUCCGAGAUCAUCCAACGUAUGACGCAGCGCAAUAUUGAGGAGAGAUACCACUCUACUUCAGGCUUGAAAUUCGAUCUCUUUCGUAUCCGCGAGCUUCUUUACGAUGGAGAUGUAGAAGGAUUGAAGGCCUUCCAUGUAGGCACCAAGGACAUCAGUUGCUUCUUCAACUUACCCCUGAAACUAAUCGGGCGUGAGAAAGAGCGCAAGACUAUAGUGGACGUGAUAGAGCGCGUAGCGAGACAUCGUCGGAGUAACGUCAAAGCGUUGCAGAGCCUGAGCUCAGGUUCCUCCUUUUCAGAUCAACGACGAGACCUGCAAUUUGACGACAUCAUUUCCGAAAGCACUAGCUCCAGAGGCUCCGACAGCAGGCUCAACAGCGUUUCGGCAGAUGGCCCUGUAUUCAUGGAAAGCGCUCGGUCGAUGCAACAGGGCUCCCAAGAUAGUGUGGCACAAUCAGAAUCAUCAACGGCUGAAGGAAGUGUGGACAGUCGGCCCCAACUGCAAUCCGCGAGCCGAGGCCGUUCCAACAAUAGCAUUGAAAGCACCGGACUCUACUCUCGCAGCCACCAAUCCAACGAUGGCCUAAGAACUCUAGCCAGCACGCGAAAACUAAGGCGCAAGGCGCGAUGUGAGGUGAUAGCCAUCGCCGGUGCCACCGGGUUGGGUAAAUCUCGUCUCGUGCAGAGCGUACAGAGCACAGCAAGGAGCACUGGCUACUUCGCUAUGGCUAAAUUUGAUCCCGCCAAGAAAGCACCAUUUGACCCCAUUCUUCGGCUGAUGUCUUCUUUCUUCCGCCAAAUAUGUGGAGUUUGGGCGGUGUUACGAACCUACCUUGAUCUACCGGAAUGGCUCUUAAACACGAACGGAAAGAGUCCGCAACAGAAGGACAUGGAGCCUACUAAGGAUCUGACUCGACGGGCAUCAUCUCCUGCCGUUCACUGCGGAUCAGCUGGACAUACUGCCGAGGCUUGGCUACGAAGCGGAGGUGCUUCGAAAUCUUCCAGAUUCAUGAAUGUCUUCAUAGAUGUUCUACGACUCCUGGCAAUGCACAAGCUCUGCACAUGGAGUUUGGAAGAUGUUCAGUAUGCCGAUCCCGAAAGCGCUGAGCUGAUUCAUCACAUCGUGCAAGCCAAAAUUCCGCUUGUUCUUAUGCUCACGUACAGCGACGAAGAGACCCUACCCCGAGAACUCACCCCACUACUGCGUCACGCUACCAGAGUACAACUUCUUCCUUUUGUAGAGGCCCAGACGGCCGACUACGUGGCUGAGACGCUCCACCGGGACCAUCAGUAUAUCCUUCCUCUAGUAGCGGUAAUUCAGGAAAAGUCUCGAGGCAACCUCUUCUAUAUACGCGAGAUACUAGACACUUGCUAUCGGAAACGCUGUGUGUACUACGAGUGGCGGGAGAACACCUGGGUUUUCGACCUAGACAAAGUCUUCGCCGUUUUCGAGAGUCCAGAGUAUGGGUCAUCUGUUACGACUGACUUUAUAACAAAGCGGUUGACAGAAUUACCAUCUUCCAGUAGGAAGCUCUUGGCAUGGGCAUCCCUCCUGGGCGGCACUUUCUCGUUCGAACUUCUGAAGAAGCUCCUUCAGCCUACCAAUAAGUCCGCAGCUCAUGGGAGGCUACCACUUUUCGAGAGAGACGAGUCUGCCGUCACAGCUCUUGAUGCAGCAUUGAAAGCCUACGUACUCAUGCCUGCUGAACAAGAUGCUCGAUUCAGAUUCAGUCACGAUCGGUAUCUUACAGCGGCUGUGAACUCCCUCGACAAGGAAUGGGAUACACAGUUGAUGCACUUCACCAUUGCCAAGAUGAUAACUUCCGGCGAGGAGUAUAACGACGACUCAACGUCAGGUUCCAAGGCGUUGUACAUGCAGAGUCGCCACAUCUGUCUCGCUGCAGAACUGAUCAAGACCAAGGAAACAGUGCGAGCUCCAUUCCGUGAUAUGCUGUAUCAAGCUGGAGAAACUGCAUGCGAGUCGGGCGCGCGAUCAACUGGCAUCUACUAUUUCGCGCACAGCCUCAUGCUUCUGCAAGACGAUCCAUGGAACGACAAUAUGCCGGACGUAUCCUACCAAGAGACGUUGCAACUCUUUGUGCGCUCGGCAGAAUGCUAUUGGCACCAGGGCAUGUUCGAUGAGGCUCUUAGCUUGAUCCGGACGACCUUUCAGCAUGCCCGCGAUCCCUGCGAUAUGGCUAGUUCGUUCAUUCUACAGUCUAGGGUGUUCGCUAUUCGCGGCGACAGUUUCGGUGCGUUCCAGGCUCUCAAAGACUGUUUGUCUUUGCUCAAUUCCCCUAUUCCUCCGACAACAUGGGAGGCGUGCGAUGCUCAGUUUCAGCAGAUAUAUGGCACGCUUCAGAACAUCGAUAAGGAAGAACUGCUCAAGCGGCGUCCGUCUCCUGAUGACCGUGUCCUGAUGACUAUUGGGCCUGUCUUCAUCGAACUCCUUAGUGCGGCGUUCUGGUCGAACAGCCUGCUUUUCUAUCAGGCGACGCUGAAGCUUAUCACCGUCCAUCUCGAAAAGGGUACCAUGUCACAGGUUGCCCUUGCAUACGUGCAUCUGGGCACUGUUGCGGGCGGUCGUUUCGGAAUGACGAAUUUCGCAGUCGACAUGGGUGCGAUUGCAAAGCGAAUAUUUCAGAUGUUUCCUGAAGACUACUACACCCUGGGACGAGGUCAAACUUUGCAGCCAAUGUUCCUGGGUCACUUGGAAGCGCCUGUAGGCGAUCUGAUACCGAGCUUAGAAGCAGCCUUGCAGGCUUCACUAACUGCUGGCGAUCGCAUCCUCACACUUCUGAAUCUUGGUGUACAGGCUCACUUCAGGGUCAUGGCUUCAUACGACGUCGCAGAAUUGGAAGCAUGGAUUGAGGAAACACCGCUCGAUAUGCGAAACUGGCAGAAAGACAUGCGUGGAGGAGUUUUUCUCAUGGCUGCUCGUCAAUAUGCAAGAGCGCUCCAGGGAAAGACUGACUCAAGCAACGCUCUUUCCCUCCUCUCGGAUGACGAUCACAAUGAGGUCGAGUACAUUGAGUUCCUCGAAAAUACGGCCAGCAAUCCCAAGCGUCCCAAGUCUAUCUAUCUUGCAACCAAACUUCCGUUGUUGGUACUCUAUGGUCAUCAUUCGGAUGCAGUGGCUCUUGGGGAGAUGCUACUUCCAAUGCUGAGCAGUCUCUGGUCAGAAAGACUCAAUUACUCGGUCCGAUACUACUUAUCGUUCGCAUACAUGGCUGUCCUCCGAGAGAAGCCCGCUCAUAGCCGGAGAGACGAGAUGGUAAAACAUGUUCAUGAGACCCUCAAAUUGCUCGAGACAUGUUGCACCACCACUGAUGUCAACUACCGGGGCUGGAUACAUCUUCUCACUGCCGUCCUCGGGGAUGUUAAUGCCGAUCCGCAAUCCGCGCUGGAGAAUUAUGAGGCAGCCAUGGAGCAUAGCGAACGUUACGAGUUUGCAUUGGACGAAGCGUUUGCUCUCGAGCUCUACACUGGAUGGUUGGUAGACAAGAAGGCCUACAGGGCGGCCCGACAUUCUUUGAAAGACUGCAUCUCGGUAUAUCGGAGGAUGUCAGCAUAUGGAAAAGCAAAUCACUUCGCGAGUCGGUAUGAGUGGCUAGUGCGUAGCGGCGCCUCGCUCACGACAGUAGACCAAGCUGUACAAACCUCCCUCGUAGACACGGGUAACACGGCCUUCAGGCUGGAGCAAAAUGAUCAUGAUCAAUUCCUAGGCUCGGAGACUGCCGUCGAUCGAACACAGAACUGGAUUGUCCCGGAAACACGGCGCCAAGAGUCUGCUCCAGCUCUACACAACGGUCUCUCGGCUGUAGGUCUGGACAUGCUAGACCUAUCUUCAAUCUUGGAGUCGAGUCAAGUCUUGUCUAGCGAGCUCGUCGUCGAUAAACUGAUGGCAAAGAUGAGUACCAUUUUGCUCGAAUCUACGGGCGGUACCUUGUGCGGCAUAGUGAUUGAAGACUCACAAAUCGAAUGGUCGAUCGCAUGCGUUGCCACCAACGAGCCUGACAACGACAGUGGGGUCUCUUCCGGCGUCACAUCCUUCCCUGCCAGUCAACCUUUAGAUACUGUGGACGAUGUUGUUGCGCGGCAAGUGACGCUCUACACACUCCGCUUCCGAGAGAUAGUCUUCGUCCAGAACCUACUAGAAGACGACCGCUUCUCCAACGUUUCUGACGCCUACCUUCAACGAAAUCCCGAGGGGAAAGCAGUCAUCUGCAUCCCGAUUCUGCACAGCGAUCACCUUCUUGGUUCAAUAUAUGUCGAGGGCCCGCCGAAUUCGUUCACUGAACGUAACACUCAGGUUCUCCGAUUACUGGUCAACCAAAUCUCCAUCUCCCUGGCCAAUGCACUGCUUUUCAAAGAGGUGGAAAGAGUAUCCGCAAGCAACGAAGCAAUGCUUGAGAUGCAGAAACGCGCUUUGUCACAGGCGCGGGCCGCAGAGAUCAAGGCGAAAGAGGCGGAAGCCAUAGCUGUGCGUAACAUGAAGCUCAAGGAAGAAGCCGCCAAGGCAAAGAGUCUGUUCCUUGCCAACGUCUCGCACGAGUUGCGGACUCCCUUGAACGGCGUGAUUGGCAUGUCUGAGCUGUUGAAAGCUUCACCGCUGAACUCAGAACAAUCCGGAUACGCCGAUUCGAUUCGAGUCUGCGCCGAUACAUUGCUCUCGAUCAUAAACGACCUAUUAGACUAUUCCAAGCUCGAAGCUGGCAAGAUGAACGUCUUGGAGAUGCCGAUUUCGUUGAACGAAACGAUUACUGAAGUCGUCCGCGCUCUGGCCUACACGAAUGCCGAAAGAGGCCUCAAAACCAUUGAGCAAUUGUAUCUGGAUCCAGAGAUGCUCGUCAUGGGCGACCCUGUCCGACUGCACCAGAUUCUGAUGAACUUGUUAUCCAACAGCUACAAAUUCACGCCACGUGGAUCUGUCACUGUCCGCGCUGUUCUUGACCAAGAGACAGAUGACUGGGCAGAUAUAACUUGCAGCGUUAUAGAUACUGGCAUCGGUAUCCCAGACGAACAGAAACAGAAAUUGUUCCUCCCUUUCUCGCAGAUAGAGUCAAGCUCCGCUAGGAGUUACGGUGGCACUGGCCUUGGUCUGAGUAUUUGCAAAGCCCUCAUAGAGAACGUUAUGCACGGUACAGUACGUCUCGACAGCCAGCCAGGCCAGGGUACAACGGUCACGUUUUCGUUACGGUUCAAGAAAGUGCCGAAAGCGCAAGCAGGAAGUCAGCAGCAAAGGGCACGAGAGCCAGACCCUAUGGCUAGGUUCUCAAGCCAGGAAAACAAUGGUCAUGAGCAAUUGUCGGGUUCCUGCAUCGAUCUUUCCACGAUACCCAGACGAGAACUACGGGUCUGCAUCGCGGAAGACAACUUGAUUAAUCAGCGCAUCGCAAUCAGCUUCGUGCAAAAGCUUGGCUUCAAAUGCGACGCUUAUCUCGACGGAUACAAGACUAUCGACGCUCUUGAGCGUGCUUCGGAGAAUGGGCGCCCCUUCCAUCUUAUUCUCAUGGAUGUGCAAAUGCCGCAUUGCGAUGGCUACGAAGCUACGAAACUGAUCCGCAAGCAUCCCAAUCCCGAGAUUCGAAAUGUACUCAUCAUUGCCAUGACCGCUUCCGCUAUCCAAGGAGACCGCGAGAAGUGCCUGGAAUCCGGCAUGAACAAUUACCUCGCGAAACCGGUUCGCGCGCAGACGCUCAAAGCGCUACUGGACUCGUACCUGAACAAGAACAAGGAGGUGGAGGAAAUCCCCAAUCUUGCGAUCGAGGCGAAGAAGUUGGUCAAACAAGCAUUGAACGAAGCCGAAGCGCUGCCUGAUGUCACGAGUGGACACAAGGAUCUCGAGAAAGACGUGCAGAAUGGAAAUGCUGCAGAAGACGGGAAGAAGCUUGAAAGGCCGUCCAGCGUUCGUAUGAGCACCACCCAACACAUAUUACCCAACGGCAAGACGGAGCCUGUACCGCCUUCCGAGUAA